CGCCAACGUCACCGUGUUUACCCGGAAACGACAGCGUGCGUUAAACCGUCCGUCGGUUUGAGGAUUUCUCUGGGUGUUUUUUACCGGGUAAAAUGAAGAAUGUGUUGAAUUUGGGUGUAAGUGACUGAGCGGAAAUGUACAGCGGACUGUUGCCCAGAGAUUUAACGGAAGACGACCUCAGCCCAGACGAGGAGGAGCAACAACAUGAUGAGGAGAAACAAUCUGCAGGACAUGUCAGUGGUGUCGCUGAAAACAGAGGCUCCCUGGAUGAUGGGAAAUCCUCCCAGACUGGGAACGAAGCCGGCAAUGACUCCCAGACAGGCUGCAUGCCGGGAACAUCCAGGGAAAUGUGGCAGAAAUUUCAGGAGCUCCGGAAGAAAAAAGAUGAAAUUAAGACGGUAAAGAUCCACGAAAAGAGAAAAAGGAGGCGCAGAAAAGGAAGAAAAUGCGAGGAACCUGCAGAGAACAAGGAGCAACAGGGCGAGCGGGAGCAGCACUGGAAGGAGCUGAAGCAGUACUUUGGUGUGAACGAUCGAUUUCAACCCCCUGCAUGCUCUAAGCCGCCUCCGAAGUCCGGCCUGGAAAAGAGCAUAGAGGAGGCCAUCGCUGAAGGGGACGUUGCAAAGGCGGAGGAGAUGAGCGACAGACUCGCCACUCGAGAGAUGGCCGUGCAAAUCGCUCAGGCUGCUGAUUGCCGUGACUUCGUCCGGAGCAAACAGGAAGAGGAAGCUGUGAGGGCAGCAAAGAAGAGGAAGAAGCAGAUAGCCUGGGGGUUUGAGGCGAAGCAACGAUGGGAAACCAAAAGCAAUAUGGGCUUCAUGUGAUGAAAAUGGAGGAAAGCGCUUUUUUUCUCUCUCUCUUAGGCAUUACAGCGGGGAAGCAUCAGGCAGUCGGCUGAGAGAAAACCAAUCCAGAGUGUAGCAGAGAGAGGGAAAGAAUGAAGAGGCAUUCAAAUUAAUUCCUAAGGCGCCCACUGGUGUCUGCAUUGUGUUAUUUUUCAUUACAUUUCAGUGAUUUGAGCGCUCUGGCCCUUUUUUUUCCUUCCUCCCCUUCAAAUUAAAUCUGGUGUACAUUACUGGAUGAUGCGUUUAUUUAUUGCUGUAAAGUGGGUUAAUCAUGAAGGCGCUUCUUUCUUCUGCGCAGGAAGAGAAAGGGGAGAUUAGAGCGCUAAUGCAAUGUACAGGAUAAUGUGCGAUCGGAUUUGGGAGCAGAAAAUGAAAUUUGGCCGCUGUAAACUGUUUUGAGCGGUCGUAAACUGCAAGUUUGAAACAGAGACUCUGCUGCUGGCCCUCACCCAUGCUGGAAGACGUGCUUUUGUCUCUCAGCCCGAACAUAAGCACGCGUUGUUGUUGUUUUUUUUUUGCUUCUGAAGCCUACACUUGCUGCUCAUUGUGCGCUGAGCUCCCUUCAGCUUCUUUAAACUCGUCUAAAAUCCACAGAUUCCAGUCGCUGCAGCUUUGAUCUUCUUGGAUCUGCAGCGUCUGCUUCCACGGAAGCUCGGCUCCUCUGAAAGCCUCAUUCAGACUCCAGGAAGUCUUAAUUCCAAGCGGCAUGGAGGGGAGGAAAAAAAAAAUGCAAGAGAGAUAAUUACUUUAUUUGUAAUGAUGGCUUUUUUUUCUCCCCCCUCCACAACAUAGAAGAUGAUUGCUUUGCUUCAAGGUAAUGAGAAUGAAAUUAAAUUGAGCUAAGUUGUUUGCAUUGCACAUAUUGAAUCAGUUUGUCCUCUGGUCAGGUGUGGUAGUCUCCCUGAUUCAGUGUGCAGCAAGAAAAGGAACGAGUGGCAUCAGCAGGAAAAGUUAGCCGACAAUUACGGCACAGAGCGACAGAAACCUGGACGGGAACUGGAGGAGAACCGCUUUGGGUUUGGGUUUGCAUCACGUUUCCUUCAUCUCCGGGACGCUCUCAGUUGUUGAGAAUUGGUGCUAAUUAAAGCGUUAAUUAUCUCAGUAAUGAGAGGCAAGUUAAAACCGUGUGAGGCUCAUCAAAGUACAGCGUGGGAUUUCCCCACCUUUGAUGACGGCUGUGAAGAAUAUAUCUGAAGUCGGGAGUGAAGAAACGUCGAGGAUGCUUCAUUAAAUGAACGAAAUGAGGAAAUGAAAAUGACUUAUAGAGUUAAUGUAUAAGAAUAAGAUAUAUUCCCAUAAAGUUGUCUGUCGCUGAAUACAUUACGCUGCCACUUUGCACCCCGCUGGAUUCCUUCCUCAAAGUAUUUACAUGGAUCAUGGUCAUGGAUAGAAAUUAAUCACACAUGUAAUUUAAUUUAAAUAGUUUUUUAUGAUCUGAA